GGCUUUCGUAUCUUCUCGUCGUUUGCGAAAAACAACAAAAUACUAUUAUUGAGUUUGCUGUUUGCGAACCUAAUAAUGACUCGCUCGAACAACGUGCUCUCUUUUUACUUGCUAACGAAAUUAGCGGAGGUCGUGGUUGCAAAGUGCUAAUUCAGCUGGAGGAGCUGACGAAAUUAGACUCUGAGAAGAGUGCAAUAUUCAACUACAACCUGGUCCGAGGCACCCAUCCUACCUGGUCCGAAGGACAGGUAAUUCGUACGUGAUUGGUGUUUCCCGAAGGAACAUCAACUUACCAGACAAAGCGUUGUUCAACAUUGUAGUAUCAGACAGAGGCGGUCUGCUGCAGCACUUGAACUAGUGGCCUAGGGAUUUAGGCGUCGACCUCUUCACCUACCACCUUGUAGCAAGGCAAAGAAGGCGGCUCUCAGCCUGUCUGCCAAGAAGCUGGGAAGGACAGAUUUCCCGUGGUGCGGCUUUGUAGACAUUUUACAAAACGGUACUUAAUGUUUACUGUUUUCUAAAUCUAUCUUGUGACUACUUUUUACUUUUUCGUCUUACGGUGCAUGAACAUGAUUUUCUUCUUGCUCCUACGAAAAUUUCAUGAGCAUUUUCCCUCGAAUUUAGUGUGCUGGUCCUUCCAUCAUCAUCAAUGAGUUUUCUCGUCCGUAUAUCAGGUAGUAUCUGACGAGUUUGACGUUUUGGGAUCGAUAAUUGAACGGCAGCUGGAUUUUAUCCUCGGAAACGGAACCUGGGCAAAUGGGAGUCGUGGCGGACCACAG